AUGUCCAGUUUAUUGUCCAGAAGGUUGGUCAAAGAUUCCCCGGAGGCGGAGGUCUUCGCGGCGCCAUCCAAGCCCCGUCCCUACAAGCAGCCACAGAGAGACUUACCUCCUCUCCAGAGGCGGUGGCCCAUCAUCCUCGCGUUCAGCACCGUCGGCGUCGCCUCCUGGGGCGCGUUCCUCGCAUGGAGCCAUAACCAGGAGAGGCUUCAUAGCUCAAUCGUCCGGCAGAUACUGGAGAACCUGCGUGACAGUCCUGAGCUGAACGCGGUGCUGGGCGACGCGAUCCGCCCCGAGCCCAUCUGGUGGCUGAACGGCGACCCCUGGAUCAACGGUUCGGUCCAUAUGAUGCAGGGCAACAUUGAUGUGAGCUUCAGGAUCAAGGGCCACAGGGGCAUUACUCACCCAUAUGCAGGCUCAGGAACAUUAUAUUUCACAAGCAUACGUAAAGCCAAAGGCGAACCAUUCACCAUCAUUCGUUAUAAGGUCAUAGCCGACGAUGGCACUGAGGUUGACAUUCCGUCACAAUCACACUAA